AUGAGCCCUGACUAUAGCACAGAGGAUGCCAAUGCUAUCGUGGAGUUGGCUAAUACAGUGCAGAAGCACAAUAUCGACGUACCAGAGCGAUACAAAACUAUUUUGUACAAUGUCAAAGGACUGCAUAAUCAGUUGCGCGAGGUUGAAGAUGGGGAUUCCGAUGACUCUUUAGGGGAGCAAACCUUGAACAAUAUCACUAAAGGUUGUCAUGAUCUACUACAGGAGCUGAACGCAUAUCUGGGUUAUUUAUCUGCGAAGAAAGCUCUGUCAAAACAAAAUGAAGGAGGGUCCGUUGAUAUUAAGACUACAAUUGGUGAAACCGUCCUUCUACUUGCAGCGAAGCAAGGAUUUAAAGAAAUUGUCCGGUUCCUCCUCGACCAAGGAGUCUCUCCUGACCUCAGAGACAGAGCGGGGAGGACAGCCCUCCAUCAUGCAGUGGCAAUGGACCAUACCGAAAUAGUGACGAUGCUUCUCAAGGCCGGAGGUGACAUAGAGACAACAGACCUGGCGGACCAUAUCCCACUGAUGUUCGCAGCACCCUGCGGAAAUGACAAGGAGAACAGGUCGGGCCACACACCUCUGAUUUCUGCAAUAGAAGCCGGAAAUAAGGCGAUGGUCGAGCUGCUUCUGGAAGCGGGUGCCGACCCGGACCAUUACACGGAUGAUUAUGUCCCAUUGAUCUCUGCAAUAAGGACGCCCAAGAUGGAAAUCUUUAAAUUUUUGUUUGACAAAGUCUCUGAUAUAGAUCAUGUUGAUGGAAGGGGUGAAACCCCGCUGAUGCAUGCUGCAUGUUGGCACAAUAGGAUGGGAGAGCUCCUCCUGGAGCGAGGAGCAAGAUUGGACGUUGAGAACAAUUACGGUGAAACUGCGAUGUCCAUUGCUUCGCGGCGUGCAAAUGAACCAUUGCUUAGAUUGCUCCUAGAGAAGAUACCUGGUCAGGAGUAUGUUAAUGCGAAGGGUCAGGGUUUACUGCAUUUUGCUGCAGGAAGCGACCUAGAAGGUGGGGAUGAGGCCAUGGUCCGCUUUCUUCUGGCGAGGGAGGGAUUAACUCACGACCGGAAAGUCGUGGAUGCUCAAAGCGGGUUGCACGGCGCCGCAUGGAGGGGGUAUACGACCAUACUGGACAUACUGCUUGGGAUAGACGGGGUGGAUGUCGACGGAAAGGAUGAGGAUGGCUACACGGCGCUCUGGCUGGCUGUUCGAUGGGGGAGGGAGGAUGCCGUCGAGCUCCUUCUCGAUAAAUACGGAGCAAAUCUCGAGAUUCCUAACGGCGAGAUGGAAUGGACGGCAUUUCAAGCAGCUAUCUAUUAUGAAAAGCCGGAAACUGCGCGGAUGCUCCUGGCGAGGGGCGCUAAUCCAAACAGCAGGGACCGCCACGGUCGAACUCCCCUAUCCUGGGCGGUAAAUAUCGAAUGGGAUGAUUGCCAUGAUGGUAUUGGUUCAACCAUGGUGCCGUUGCUUCUUGAAACGGAUGGCGUGGAUGUCAACAGCCAAGAUAAGAUGGGUCGCACUCCCCUGCUAUGGGCUCUCUUAUCCGUCAUAUAUCUGGUGCAUGCCCCAGAGAAAGCGAGCAUAUACGAGGACGGCGUUCAGCUCCUUCUUGAGAAGGGUGCCAGAGUUGACAGACGCGAUGAUUCUGGGAGGACCCCUAUAUUCUACGCGGCGAUGGUGAAACGUGCCGCACUGGUCCAAAUGUUCUUGGAUAAGGGCGCGGAGCCAGACUGCAAGGACGCUGACGGUAGAACACCGCUUUCUUAUGCAGUGGAACCAUUCAAUGUUACUUGGCUUGCGGAGUACAAAGAUGAAAGUGAGGAUGAAUGGGAGCCCGAGUGGUCAGGUGACCAGUUAGGCAAGGUCGUUCAAGCUCUUCUUGCCAAAGGAGCGGACCCACUUUGUCAAGAUACAAAAGGCCUAACACCACUUUCACGCGCAGAAAAGAAGCUUGAGAAAGGGAAUGAAAUUUUGGUUCUGUUCAGGGACGCCUCCGGUCGAGGUUCAGGCUUGUAA